AGGCGUUCAAUGUUUGAUUUUUAAAAUAAUUUGAAAAAAUUGAAGAGUCAAUUAAAAAACUUAUGUGCAAAAAUUAAAAAAAUCGAAAUAGAUUAGCACUGCACUAAUCGAUAAAACGUGGAGUCAAGAACUAAACAUCUGAUUUUCUGUUCAAAUCACAAAUCUUUACAUUAACAGGGCAAAUUCUAAUUUAUUUAGUUUCGCUUUUUCAAAAUAAAUAUUUUGUUGCAAGAGUAAAACUGAUUAGGUCGAAUAAUACAAAUAAAAAUUUCGAAAGUGAUAACAUCAAGGACGUUCCAAAUUGACCCAGUUUGGGUCUUUGCGGCGGGGGUGGCGCUGUGUCAGCGCAAAAAUUUAUCACCAUGACGACUCAAAACGAAUUUUUAUCAAAAGCAGAGGACGUUGCUGACGAGGUUUUACGAAAAACUAAGCACAUUUUACCUCACUUGGCCCGCUUCUGCCUAGUCAGCACAUUCUUUGAAGAUGGCCUUCGGAUGUGGUUUCAGUGGAAUGAACAGAGGGAAUACAUGGACAUAUCAUGGGGGUGCGGCUGGUUCCUGGCAGCACUGUUUGUGUUUGUCAACCUGGUCGGGCAGCUGGGCGGCGUGGCCAUGGUGCUGCUUCGGCUGAAGGUUGACAUCGCGGUGGGCGUUCUAUUCGCCAUUGUGCUGCUACAGACUGUCGCCUAUCAGAUCCUGUGGGACGCCCAGUUUCUGUUCAGGAACCUGGCGCUCAUUGGUGCACUCCUGCUCGUGCUCGCAGAAACCCGGGUCGAGGGAAAGAGCCUGUUCGCCGGAGUGCCCAGCCUAGGCGAGAACAAGCAGAAGACGUACCUGAUGCUGGCCGGUCGCAUCCUGCUCGUCUUUAUGUUCCUCACUCUGCUGCGCUUCGAGGCGUCUCCACUGCAGAUCAUUCAGAUUAUCAUCGGUUCUGUGCUGAUGGUGCUGGUGACUAUCGGCUACAAGACCAAGCUGUCGUCCAUGCUGCUCGUCAUGUGGCUCAUGGCGCUCAACUUCUACGUCAACGCCUGGUGGUCGGUGCCCGCCUACAAGCCCAUGCGAGACUUCCUCAAAUACGACUUUUUCCAGACCCUGUCUGUGGUCGGCGGUCUUCUGAUGCUCAUCUCGAUCGGCCCGGGCGGUGUCUCAAUGGACGAGCACAAGAAGGAGUGGUAGUCGCCACCCCCACCCCGCCGCGCGGAGCUCGAGCGGCGCGCACGUUUUACCGCCCUGCGCGGUGGGCGGCUUUUAACCGGGCCGCCGCGAGGCCCGGUCAUGAUGUUAUAACAGAGCUGGUCGGUCGGCUCUGCAGAGUUUAUAUGUGGGUGAACCAGUGACCGGAGGACGAAGGCCGAUCGCGCCGGCCCUUUUAUGUAUUGGUGUGCGUGGGAUGUUGCGGUUGUCCAGUUUUAUUGCUGUUUUAAGUCUUCUCUCUGCCAUGUUUUAUGAAGGUAUUUUUGGUAUUAAAAACGGAAAAUUGUGAGGCGUAUACACAAAUGGAAAGA